CGUGCCAGUCAAGAAUCGAGAUUCGCCAUUCGAGAAUUGAGAAUCGAGAAUCGAGAUUCAAGUAUCGCGAAUCGAGAAGCGCGAGUCCGGACUCAUACCUGUCCUCCCGCCGCCCUGUCGCCUCCAAUAAAUUAUUAUAAUUAGCAUAGUUGAGGGGGACACCGGGAGUCGCGGCCGCAGUUAAACGCCACUGGAAUUUAGCGCUGCUAGUGGAAAUUUUGUGAAAACAAAAGGGGAAAAAUUCCAGCAGCCGGCGCCAAUCAUGUCCGCUGGCAAUGUUAGCCAAAUUCUUGGACCGCCUCGCGAUCCGCUGGCGAUCGUGAUACCCGUUACGGUCGUCUACUCUUUGAUCUUCAUCACCGGCGUGGUGGGCAACAUCAGCACCUGCAUUGUGAUCAAGAAGAACCGCUCGAUGCACACGGCCACCAACUACUAUCUCUUCUCGCUGGCCAUCUCCGACUUCCUGCUCCUUUUAUCCGGAGUUCCGCAGGAGGUGUCCUUCAUCUGGUCCAAGUAUCCGUACAUUUUCGGCGAGUACGUGUGCAUCGGAAGGGGUUUGCUGGCGGAGACAUCGGCGAAUGCCACGGUGCUGACGAUUACCGCCUUCACGGUGGAGCGGUACAUAGCCAUCUGCCAUCCGUUUCUGGGCCAGGCCAUGAGCAAGCUGAGUCGCGCCAUCCGGAUUAUUGUGCUGAUUUGGAUUAUGGCCGUGCUGACAGCCAUUCCGCAGGCGGCCCAAUUCGGUAUCGAGCGGUAUUCGGGCGUGGAGCAGUGCGGCAUUGUGCGGGAGAUAGUGAAGCACUCGUUCCAGCUGUCCACCUUCAUCUUCUUCCUGGCCCCGAUGUCCAUUAUCCUGGUGCUGUACCUGCUGAUUGGAGUGCACCUGUACCGAUCCACCUUGGUCGAGGGUCCCGCCUCGGUGGCCCGUCGCCAGCAGCUGAAGAGCGUGCCCAGCGAUACGAUCCUGUACCGCUAUGCGGGCUCCAGUACCGCCGUCAAUUUGAAUGGUGGCGGUGCAGGAGCAGCGGGCACUGUGGGCGGCUCGGGAGCGCAACUCAGCUCGGUGAGGGGUCGGCUCAAUCACUAUGGCACCCGGCGUGUGCUCAGGAUGCUAGUGGCCGUUGUGGUGUGCUUCUUCUUGUGCUGGGCCCCCUUCCACGCCCAGCGGCUGAUUGCCAUCUACGCCCCUGCACGGGCCAAGCUGAGGGACCAGCACGAGUUUGUCUACACGUGCGUGACCUACAUCUCCGGGGUCCUCUACUACCUGUCCACCUGCAUCAAUCCUCUCCUGUACAACAUUAUGAGCCACAAGUUCCGCGAGGCCUUCAAGGCCGUGCUUUUUGGCAAGAAGGUGUCGAAGAGUUCGCUGAACUCGCGAAAUAACAUCGAAUCGCGGCGCUUGCGAAGGGCACUAACCAAUUCCAGUCAGACGCAGCGCGUCUCCAUUGAAUCGGCGGAGCAGCCGAAGCAAUCGUUAAUGCAGAAUCCGCUGAAUAGGCCGCAAGUCGCCUCCCAGUACGCCAUGAUCAAUGCCCAGGCCAAGUGAACCACUCGCUCUCCGAUGCUAACUUAUUUGAGUUCCGUUUAAGCCAGUUGCCAGCUUGCCGACGUAAGGGUAUCCAGACAGACAUUGCUGCUGCUACCAAAGCGUUUAGCUUAAACUGCUUUUGCAUUCAUUUGCACUUGGCAAUUAAAAGUUAAUCACAAGCGCUCUGUCGCCUAAAGGUUAAGUUUUUCAUUCAUGCAGCAUCGGCUAGCGAAGCUGAAUCGGGCUGGAAAAAUGCCUGAACUAGUCUUUCAAGUAUUCUGAAUUAUUUACUUUAAGAAAAGUCGAACCUUUGACUCAGUCAACUGGCGCUCUUUAAAUUAAACUUUGUUCAGAGCCCAGGGGGACUUACUCUUAAGUAAGCCCGAGAUGUUUAUAGCUUAAUAGUACUUCCUGCUGAUAUAAAUCAAUCACUUAGUGAACGCCCACCACGUAUAUAUAUAAGAAUAUAAUUGAGCAAAGUAUGAAAGCUGAGACCUAUGACAUGUUACAUUUUAGCCACAAAAAAGUUAUGUAAUGUAUCCCUAUGUUUCACAAACAUGCCAAAGUGAAACACUGUGCUUUUAAAGAAGCAUUAUAAACAAUCCUGUAGCCGGUAACUAAGUUCCAUAAAGAUUCACAUUUGAUUAUCCUAUUUUGUAUUGAAAAAGGGAACUGUAAUUCCGUUAAGAUAAGAUUUCAAAUAACUUUAUUCAGUAUCAAACUCAAUUUAAAUGACGGACCAAGUUCGUUCACUAACCAGAUAUUUAUGUGUAUAUUGUGUAUAUAUCCUAGGGAUACCUUAAAGGAUGAAUUUGCUGUAUUAAAAUUAUUCCCAUGGCUGCAAAUAAAGCUUAGCAUA